GACGAUCCACAAGCGGCACACGCGCGUAGAGGUGCGCCAUGGACAUUCGAUGCUCAGAAGUUCAGGGACGCACUAAUCACAAUCAAGAAAGGCAAGGGUGUCAGGAAGGAGGGGCAUGCCCCAGCUCUGAGUCGAGACGUCAGUCAAUGUGUAUGGUAUCCGUGUGGCUGGUGGGUGCAGGUCAGUGACAUGGGUAACCCUAGUACUGAACAGAGGUCGGUGGAAUGGUAG